UACCCCUUUCAUAAAGCUGUAGGAAGAGAUUGUGGAUCGGACAUGGGCGGCGACGGUCACGGAAGCAAGUCGAAGGGCGGAAGUUUGAUGCGAUCGACGGAAGGAAUUAAGAAGCCUGCGAUGUCGCUUCCUAGUUUGUAGCAGCAAUUCGAAUUUUUGUGAUCACGAUUUGAAGUUUGAUUCGUCUCCUCACUGGAUCGAUCGAUCGAUCAAGGGAGAGAUGCGGAAAGGGCGAGCUCCGGUGGCAGCGCGAACUCCGGUUGCAGGGCGUGCUCCGGCGGCAGCCUCGCAGGAUCCCGUUGAGGUGCGGUAUCGAGGCGUCCGGAAACGGCCUUGGGGACGCUUUGGGGCCGAGAUCCGAGACCCAGUGAAGAAGGCCCGGGUGUGGCUCGGCACCUUCGACUCAGCCGAGGACGCCGCCCGGGCCUAUGAUGACGCCGCCCGGGCCUUCCGAGGUGCUGACGCCAAGACUAACUUCCCCGUCCCUGCGGUCCCUCCUCCGCCUACCCUCCCUCCCUUCCCCUCCUCCGCCACGCGAUUCACCUUCGGCGGGCAUCGCCACCAGUCUCCGCCGCAGCGGGCGGCGUCCAGCAGCCUCAGCAGCACCGUCGAGUCCUUCGGCGGGCCACGGCUUACCUCGCCGGCCUUACUCCGCGAGUCGCAUCUCCGGAGGCCGACCAACCCGCUGCCCCCGCGUGUUCUCGACGGCGAGGAGGAUUGCCACAGCGACUGCGGUUCGUCGUCCUCGGUCGUUGACGACAUGGACGGUGACACAACUUCGGCGCAGGGACAGCCAGCGCUCCUCGAUCUCAACAUCCUUCCGCGCGAACAUGAUCCGUCUCUGAGUACCUGUUCUAACUCUAAAAAAAGAGAAGGCGAUCUUCAUUAAAAAAAAAAAAAAAGGUCUUCUCCCUCUUUCCGAACCAAUAUCUGCAUGUGUUUGAUCGUUUGAUCUUUCUGUUCUUCCUAUCUAUUUCCUGUUCAAUUUGUUAGCUAUGAGUUACAAAUUGUUUGGCUUUCCAGAAUUUGAUGAUAUCAAGAUCAGGUCUAAGAUAUUUCUUGGAUCUACCUUCUUUUCAGUUUUCGUCUAUGUACAAAAAUAUAUUACGUUUAAUGAAUAAGAAAUUGACAAAA